AUGGCGGAUACGGAAGAGACUCCUGCCCAGCGACAGGCGAGGAUUCGGAGGCAGAAGCGAGAAGCAAAAAUUACAGGUUCGGCAACCGAAAGGCUCGACAAGAUUACAAGGCUGAGUGGGAGGACACCGGAGAGCAUGAGAAGCGAAUCUCCUUCAUCGACACCGGCACGCGUGUCUACGCCUCCUCAAGUGCCUUCAUCACCAAAUGCGGGACCGGAAACCAGGCCAACUCCAGAACAAGUGAAAGCGCAGGAGGAGUAUUUGAGAGCGUUACUGAGACAGCCUGUACCCCAGGAUGGAGGAGCUCAGCCGGAACAAGAAGAAGACCCUAUGGUCAAGAUGCUACAGGCCAUGAUGGGAGGAAUGAAUGUUCCAAGCGACCCGGCUGCUCCUGGAGCUCCAGGUGCAACUCCCGGAUUAUCUCCGGACGACAUAUCAAAGGCUACAGGGCUGCCGCCGUUUGUAACCAACAUGAUGAUGGGAGGACAGAAGGCUCCACCGACGGAAGCGGAGAUACAAGCGACGAGGUUGUGGAAAGUCCUGCAUGUCAUUUUUGCCAUCAUGGCAGGACUGUACCUGGUGUUCAGAAUCAACACGUCGAUCGAAGCAUUUGGCGAGAAUCCCCCGGCGCCAGCAACCUUCCAGAACCCUUUUCUAGUGUUCGCGACUGGCGAGUUGCUUAUGCAAACUACCAGGGUGGCCACCCUAGGGCGUUCGGGCAAAAGCGGAUUUGGGUUGUGGAGUCAGAUGUUUAGGGAAUUUAUCGGGGAUGGUGCGAUCCUGGUGUUUAUGCUAGGUAUAGCGUCGUGGUGGAAAGGAAGUGUAUAG